AUGGGCGAUCGCGUGUGGGGUGCGGUGUUGCGGGUGGUGGCGGUGCAGGCGGCGUGGGCGCUGUGCUCGGGGCAGGUGCGGUACUCGGUGCCGGAGGAAGCCAAGGCCGGGACGGUGGUGGGCCGUGUGGCGCAGGACGUGGGUCUGGAGGCGGGCGAGGCGGAGGCGCGGCGGCUGCGGCUGGUGUCUGCGGGCCGGCGGGCGAGCGUGGAGGUGAGCGGGGCGAGCGGGGCGCUGGUGGUGAGCUCGCGGCUGGACCGGGAGGAGCUGUGCGGCAAGAGCGCGCCGUGCGCGCUGCGGCUGGAGGUGCUGGUGGAGCGGCCGCUGCGCGUCUUCCACGUGGAGCUGGAGGUCACCGACAUCAACGACAAUGCCCCCAUCUUCCCCGCCGCCCGAAAAAACAUCAGCAUCGCGGAAUCGUCGCUGGUGGGUUCCCGCUUCCCACUGGAGGGCGCGUCUGAUGCGGAUAUCGGAGCGAACGCUCAGCUCUCCUACACACUCAGUCCCAGCGAACAUUUCUCUUUGGAUUUACAAAAAUCGAAUGAACCAAAUAUUGAACCUGAACUUGUUUUAACGAAACCUCUGGAUCGGGAGACGGUGGCCGUGCACCGGUUGUUGCUGACGGCGAGUGACGGGGGCCGGCCGUCUCUGACAGGGACGAUGGAACUGGUGAUCUCAGUGCAGGAUGCGAACGACAACGCGCCCCAGUUCAACCAGUCGGUGUAUAAAGUGCAGCUGCCGGAGAGCGCUGCCGUGGGGACGCUGGUGAUGCGGGUAAACGCCACCGAUCCUGACGAGGGAAGUAACAGUGAGGUGACCUACACCGUAACCAACUACUUUCCCCCGCGGGGAAGUGAUGUCAUUUCCAUCAAUCCGACGACGGGGGAGAUCCGUCUCACGGGUGCCUUGGACUUCGAAAAAACCAAUGUAUUUCAAUUUCGUAUUGAAUCAAGAGACCAAGGGACGCCCUCGCUGUCGGGUCACUGCAAGGUGGUGUUGGAGGUGCUGGACGUGAACGACAACGCGCCGGAGGUGCGGGUGACGUCGCUGUCGGUGCCGGUGGCCGAGGACGCGUCGCUGGGGACGGUGGUGGCCCUGCUGAGCGUGUGGGACCGGGACUCGGGGUCGAACGGUGACGUGCGGUGCUGGGUGUGGCCGUCGGGUCCGUUCGUUCUGGAGGCGACGUUGUCGGGGUCGUACUCGCUGGUGCUGCGGGAGGCGCUGGACCGGGAGCGGGUGUCGGAGUACGAGGUGGAGGUGCGUGCGGAGGACGGCGGUUCUCCGUCGCUGGGCGGCCGCGUGGGGCUGCGUGUGCCGGUGUCGGACGUGAACGACAACGCGCCGUCGUUCGCGCAGGCGGUGUACACGGUGCUGGCGCGGGAGAACAACUUGGCGGGCGCGGAGCUGGCGCGGCUGUGGGCGCGGGACCCGGACGAGGCGGGCAACGGGCGCGUGAGCUACUCGUUGUGGGAGGGCGCGUCGGGCGGGGGGUCGGGGUGGUGGGGGUCGGGGUGGGCGGGGGGUGUGUCGGCGUCGAGCUACGUGUCGGUGGAGGCGGAGAGCGGUGUGUUGCGGGCGCUGCAGCCGCUGGACUACGAGGAGGUGCAGGUGCUGCAGUUCGAGGUGCGUGCGGUGGACGCGGGGGAGCCGGCGCUGUGCGGCAACGCGACGGUGCAGCUGUUCGUGCUGGACGAGAACGACAACGCGCCGGCGCUGCUGCCGGCGGCGGGCGGCGGGGCGGAGGCCGGGUCCGGGUCGGGGGAGGCGGGGACGCUGUGGGCGUGGGCGGCGUGGGGUUCUCCGUCGGGUCAGGUGGUGGCGAAGAUCCGGGCGGUGGACGCGGACUCGGGCUACAACGCGUGGCUGCGCUACGAGCUGUGGGAGCCGCGGGGCAAGAGCGCCUUGUUCCGCGUGGGGCUGUACAGCGGCGAGGUGAGCACGGCGCGGGCGCUGGAGGAGGCGGACGGUCCGCGGCAGAGGCUGGUGAUCGUGGUGCGGGACCACGGCGAGCCGGCGCGCUCGGCCACGGCGACGCUGAGCGUGUCGCUGGUGGAGGGCGGCGAGGCGGCGCUGGCGGCGGCGGCGGGCUCGUCGUCGCUGCUGCCGCGCUCGUUGGCGGGCGGCGAGAGCGGCUCUGGGCCGGCGGCGUUGGCGUCGUCGGCGACGAACGUGUGGCUGGUGGUGGCGAUCUGCGGCGUGUCGAGCGUGUUCCUGCUGGCCGUGGUGCUGUACGGGGCGUCGCGCUGGGCGCCGCGGGCGGCCGUGCUGUCGGGGCCCGGGCCCACGACGCUGGUGUGCGCCAGCGAAGUGGGCAGCUGGUCGUACUCGCAGCGCCACAGCCGGAGCCUGUGCGUGGCGGACGGCGCGGCCAAGAGCGACCUGAUGGUUUUCAGCCCCAACUUCCCGCCGCCGCCCGGCGCCGCGGCCAAGGACACGCAGCCGGAGCUUCCCUCUCUCCUCGACACGGUCAGUGACAAUCCCUUGCUCUUGUCUCCUUCUUCCCUCCUCCCUCUGCCCCUUCUCUCCCGCCCCCUGGGCCGGCCUUGUCGGUAUCCGGGCUCCUGGCCUGUGUGGGUCGUUGCUUUACAGGCGCUUACAUAUGUUGAUUGUACCUUUUCCUCUGUAUGGGAUAAAGGUAUCUCGGUAACUCCUUGGGGUUCGCAGCUGAGAUUUGCUGCUGUGGAUAUGAUUUGUUCUUCCGUAGAAUGAAAUCGCUGCUGAUUGUGAUGAGAGUUGACCUGUGUUGCCUCGACGUUUGAGUUUUGGAGACAAAGCUUGCUGAUGUGUAGCAUUUGCACCCGGGCUUGGUGUGCAGGACAGGCUGUGGUGGUGUCAGUCCCCAGGCCCUGUGUAUUGCCUUAUUCUUUAUUGCCUUUGCUGACUGCUGACCGUGGUGGUAUCAUAUGUGGGUUUUUUUCUGUUCUCAUUUUCUGACAUUUUCCUUUACAGGUCAUGUGAGGCAAGGUGACAAUUUGGACGUGUAGUUUAAUGUGUUUUCAAUCUCCAUAGUGUAAUUUCUCCAUUUUGGUUGUCCCAGUAGUGUCCUUUUUAAAACUGGGAGGGGACUGUGGAG